AUGCCGCGGCUGCGCUUGCACCUCUGCUUCACCGGCGUGCUCUGCUGGCUGGCGCACGAGUCCGGCUCCUUCGCGCUGCCCAACGCCACCGAGCUCCUGUCCCCUCCCAGCAGCGCGGGGCCGGGGCCGGCUCCUGGCACCGGGGUGCCCCGCGGCCGCCGCCGCCGGUACCUGGCGCCCCGCGACAUGAGCGCCAUCCUGGACUACCACAACCAGGUGCGGGCGCAGGUGUCCCCCCCGGCCGCCAACAUGGAGUACAUGGUGUGGGACGAGCGGCUGGCCAGGGCGGCGGAGGCGUGGGCCGUGCAGUGCGUGUGGGACCAUGGCCCCCCCCAGCUGAUGAAGUACGUGGGGCAGAACCUCUCCAUCCACUCGGGCAGGUACCGCUCCGUGGUGGACAUGGUGCGGUCGUGGCACCGCGAGCAGCAGCACUACUCCUUCCCGCACCCCCGCGAGUGCAACCCCCGCUGCCCCUCCAAGUGCAGCGGCUCCGUCUGCAGCCACUACACCCAGAUGGUGUGGGCGUCCUCCAACAGGCUGGGCUGCGCCAUCCACGCCUGCAGCAACGUGCGGGUUUGGGGCAGCACGUGGCGCCGCGCCGUCCUCCUCGUCUGCAACUACGCCAUCAAGGGCAACUGGAUCGGGGAGGCACCCUACAAGGUGGGGAGGCCGUGCUCAGCCUGCCCGCCCACCUACGGCGGGGUCUGCUCCAACAACAUGUGCUUCACGGGACUCAGAUCCAACCAAGUGAGCUGGUUUUAG